AUGAUUGCCAUUCGGGCUGGGAUUAUCAAGCUAGAUGUUCAAGAAGAAAAACACAGGGCCAGAGAGAAGCCCAGAAACAUGAAGGAUAAAAAUGACUGGGAUCAGACUACGGUUCAUCUCUUUCUGCGGAUCUUUUCAGGUUUGCUGAACAUUUCCUUUCCCUAUUCAACGUUUUCUACUUCUUCGAAGAAUAUUUGUGAUUUUCCCAUCAUUCAAAUGUGUGAAUUCACAUUUAAGAAAUACAGUGAAGUACUGGAUUGGCAAACUGGUUGGCCUCCUUUGCUGUUAUAUGGCUUGGGCUUUUGGAUUAAGCUUAGCAAGAGCAGAUCCUGGCGAAUUUGGGAAUUUGACAGCAAUAUUGUCCAGGUUGUGUUCAUUGGACUCUGGGAAGCUUAUUAUUACCAAAAAUUUAAUGUAUCUGGUUCAAUUGUUGAAUUGCCAAUGCACAGCACUAUCAACGCAAGCUGGAUUAUUUCACCUGAACUUCAGUAUGGGCAGGACAUGAUACUGUUGGCUAACUUUAUGAAGUCAGUAGUCCUGGUUUUCAGCACACAGGCUAUUUUGGUCAGCUGGAUCAAAGCCCCAUUCCCAGAGUUCCUGCGAUCGUGUUACAACAUCUCUAUCUUCUUUCUUGUCCUCAGCAGUGGUUGUACAGUAGGUGCUGUGAGCUGGAACUAUGCUGUGGAGUUCUAUGGUCAAUCUACCCUUGACUUUCCAGUUACUUUUCCUGUUGAAAAAGAAGCACUGAUAAAGAAACACUUAUCUCAUGUUUUUCCACUAGGUAUUCUCACAGCCACCUUCUCACUCUUUGGUGCAACCAUGUUGAUGUUUGAGACAUGUUCACUGAAACGGAAAAACAAAGUGAAGCCUGUAUCUAUGGCUUAAAGUGAACCAAAAGAUUUGAACUGAGGGCUGUGCCUUUGGAAAGUCUGAUAAUUAUUUACUUGAAUAAACUUACUACAUGCAUACAAUAUUGUGUGCAGUCAUCCACUUAUUUAAAAUAAAACACAAAUUUUGAUAUCUCAAGAUACAUCUAAAGUGUAUAUUGUCUACUACUUUGUAAGUCCAUUCCUUUCUUUAAAAGUUUUCACUCAGUGAAAUCAUGCAAUGCAAAGGUAGAGGAAAGCACAGAAAAGAUCAUUCAAGUUGUCUUCCUUGAUUCAUACUAAUCAUCAUCAUUAGUAAAAGAGUUUGACUUGUAACCCUGGAAAGACAAAGAGUAGCAAUAGAGACAGUGGCAUCAACAGGAGAGACAUGAGGCAAGCGUAUAUCACCAACCACAACAAAUUACCAGAUGAUGGUAUCUUUAAAAUGAGCUCAUAUUAACCCACAGGAAAAUGACUACAUUUGAAGUUUAGAGUUCUUUACAGCUUUACAGCUUAUAAACAGUGAAGCUGGACAAGGUUUCUUAAUCUUGCAAUGAUGACUUUGGUGUUGGGUUCGACUGGGAAUAGGAAAGGUAUGCAAUGAAAAUUGUAGAAUCCAUAACUUUUCUCCAGGUGUGAAAAACCAAAAUGGUCAGGCAUUUCAAAGUGUCCUUGAUGGUUCAUGGUGAAAAUGAGAUUUGAGGAGAACCAGUGAACUAUAUAUAGUCCAAAGCUCAAGUA